AUGGCCUUUCCGACGCCUAAAACAAACCCCAAACUGCAGCUGCAACCGCUUAUGCCGGAGGAUAUGCGAUCGGAGCUAAUAGCGGCGCUGAAAGUUCAAAAUGUGCACAAUAUUCGCCCUACGAAUGGCCGUCGUUUCGCAUUUUCCGGAUCCCACAACAGCAGUCCGGCUCCGCAACAACACAACGAAGAAGACAAACGGCAACAGUUGCGCCUGCAAGCGAUCAAAGAAAUCCGUACGUCCGAAGAGUCGUACCUGCGCCAGCUGGAACUGCUGCUGGAGUAUUUCGUGACGCCACUACGCACCAACGGUUUCCUCACGGAAAAGGUGCACAAUCAGCUCUUUGGCCAGCUCGACACCAUCCACAACCUCAGCCAGGAGCUGUUGCGGAAGCUUGACGACAACCUGGACAACGUGGUGAAAGCGUUCACCAACCUUGGGCCCUUUUUUAAGCUCUACUCCGUGUACGCUUUCGACUACCGCAAUUCACUCUGCACGCUGCAAUCCCUGACGGACAAAAACCCAACACUAAAGCGUUACAUCGCAAACACCGAAUCCCGGCCGGAAGUGAGCACGAAACUGAUCUCGCUGCUUAUCACGCCGAUCCAGCGCAUCCCACGCUACAAACUGCUGCUGCAGCAGGUCCUGCUGUACACGAGCCCCUCGGAUGGGGCGUACAAAACGCUCCAGGAAUCGAUCCGGCUCGUCGAACAAUCGGUGUCGCACAUUAACGCCGUCGUGGAGGAUUACGAGAACACGCAGCGGUUGAUAACGGUGCAGAACGCGCUCACGAACAAGUCGCUGAAGUUGGUCAAACCGGGUCGAAAGAUCCUGAAGGAGGGAUUCCUGCGCAAGCUCAAGACGGACGGGUCCACCUCGAAGAAGUACUGCAUCCUGAUGUCGGACAUGUUCAUGUACUGUCGGGUGCUCAAGGACGUCGAGGUGUUGCUGACGGAAGGCUCAAGCAUCGCGUGCAGUUGCGUGUUUCCGCUGAAGAAAUGCAAAAUUGUGGAGCUUUUCCGGGGCAACUUUCGGAUCACGUGUAGUGGCGAUGGUACGAUCUUUAGCUCGGAUGGGACGGAAGAAAGCCACGCUUGGUUCGUGGCAAUAAAGGAAGCGAUCGAGUUGCACGUGCAGUGCCGCAAAACGCUUCGGAAAAUGUCCAGCAACAGGAAACCAAUGCGGAAGAAGCAUCUGCAGCGGUUGGAACCGGAAGACGACAUUAUGUGGUUGUUGCGACGUAAGGCACUCAGUCCGGAUCGUGUCCAGAAGCGCACGAAACAACGCCGUGUGUUGUGGCCGUUCAAGAGCAUCAACUGCCUGAAGCUGAACCAAUCGCUUGGGGAAUCGAGUGCGAUGGAAGCAAACGUGACUCCGAAACCAAGCAAAGGCGUUGCAAUAAUGUGA